AUGGAGGAAAAUGAAAUACGAUAUCACCAUGGAGAUAAUAGUAUUCAUCCUGUAAAGGAAAUCACGUUUGGGGCAAUCUCAGAGACUGCUAUUUUGUUCAGUAGCUAUAAUUAUGCAUCGAUGAAAUUUGCUAAAAGCCUAAAAGUUACAGAUACUGAUAUACUCCCACUUUGGAGUAAAUGUGUCGCGGGCGGGUUUGCCGGGUUUAUGGCUAGCUUUGUAUUGACACCAGUCGAGUUGGUAAAGUGCCAGUUACAAGUUGUCAACUUAAUUGGUGGCGGUGGAGGUAGCACUUUGUCACAUUCAUAUACUUCUAUUAUAAAGUCAACAUUAAAGAAUAAUGGUAUUAGUGGUUUAUGGAAAGGAUUGGAAUCCACAAUGAUUAGAGAAGUUUUUGGAACCGCAAUUUGGUUCGGUACAUACGAAUAUAUCAACACCCACUUUAAGAGUACCACCAGCCCAACCAUUAUCAAGAAUGAUAAUAUACAAUCAUUAUUCAGUGGUGCCAUGGCUGGGAUAACCUUCAACUUUUGCAUUUUCCCUAUAGAUACUAUAAAAUCAAAUAUCCAAACUCAUGACAUUUUAAAUAACACCAAGGAUAAACAUUUAACAACUGGUUUUUGGCAGGAAACUAGGAAAUUAUUACUGAAAAAAGGUGGGGUGUUAAACUUGUAUAAUGGGUUAGGGAUCACCAUGAUACGGUGUAUACCUGCAAAUGCACUACUAUUUUACACUUAUGAGCUAUUGAAACGUGAAUUUUCGUAG